CAUUUCACUGGAUCGAUCAAAAUGCAAUUGGUGAUCUUCCUGUGGAUUGGUCUGUCGACCAUUCCGCAAGCAUUCGCCCUGGAUGUAUGCGAAGGACAAAAUUUUGGAUAUAAAGCUGUCGAUCCAUCCGAUCCUUAUGCAUACUAUUUGUGCUUCGGAUUGUUUGGAAAAAUAAGAAAUUCUUGCGCGAAGGGAUUUCACUUUAAUGUACAAGGACAAAAUUGUGAACAAGACAAACUGCACGGUGACAAUGCCAAAAAUGUAAUUAGCGCGGCUCCAAAUGAGUUCAAAAUUACUCAGAACAUCAUGAUGAAUAGACCAAUAUUUUUCAACUUCUUUAGCCCAUUGUGGAAUAAUUCUCCAAAACUACCAUUUCCCGUGCCAAGGCCACCAUCACUUGGAAGCACAACUAGUGCACCUAACGCAGACAAUAGAUCCACAACAACUUCGUCAUUUUCUACGUCCACAUCAUCAUCAAUUAGUGAAGCCCUACCGAAAAGUACAACAGCGAGUAUAAACACAAGCCCUGAAGGAUUGAACAGGUCAAGCUCCGAGGAACCAAAAUAUUUCUUAGCAGUGAUUGAACUAUCAACCAAUAGUUCUACAGGAAGCUUGAGCUCUACCACGGACGGUGCAUCCCCUUCAGAGGCAUCCUCUUCUGAGACAUCAUCUUCCUCGGUAGUAACCGAACCAGAUAGUUCCACUGAAAGUUCCAGCUCAGAAAGAUCAUCUUCUCCGUCAGUAACUGAACCAUCAACAGAAAGUUCUACUGAAAUAUCUAGCUCAAGCUCUGAGGGAUCAUCUUCCCAGGCAUCAUCUUCUUCGUCAGUAACUGAACCAUCAACAGAAAGUUCUACUGAAAUCUCCAGCUCAAGCUCAGAGGAAUCAUCUUCCCAGGCAUCAUCUUCUUCGUCAGUAACUGAACCAUCAACAGAAAGUUCUACUGAAAUAUCCAGCUCAAGCACAGAGGAAUCAGCUUCCGAGGCAUCGUCUUCUUCCUCAGUAACUGAACCAUCAACAGAAAGUUCUACUGAAAUAUCCAACUCAAGCUCGGAGGGAUCACCUCCCGAGGCAUCAUCUUCUUCGUCAGUAACUGAACCAUCAACAGAAAGUUCUACUGAAAUCUCCAGCUCAAGCUCAGAGGAAUCAUCUUCCGAGGCAUCAUCUUCUUCGUCAGUAACUGAACCAUCAACAGAAAGUUCUACUGAAAUCUCCAGCUCAAGCUCAGAGGAAUCAUCUUCCGAGGCAUCAUCUUCUUCGUCAGUAACUGAACCAUCAACAGAAAGUUCUACUGAAAUAUCCAACUCAAGCUCGGAGGGAUCAUCUUCCGAGGCAUCAUCUUCUUCGUCAGUAACUGAACCAUCAACAGAAAGUUCUACUGAAAUAUCCAGCUCAAGCUCAGAGGAAUCAUCUUCCGAGGCAUCGUCUUCUUCAUCAGUAACUGAUCCAUCAACAGAGAGUUCUACUGAAAUCUCCAACUCAAGCUCAGAGGAAUCAGCUUCCGAGGCAUCGUCUUCUUCAUCAGUAACUGAUCCAUCAACAGAAAGUUCUACUGAAAUAUCCAGCUCAAGCUCAGAGGAAUCACCUCCCGAGGCAUCAUCUUCUUCGUCAGUAACUGAACCAUCAACAGAAAGUUCUACUGAAAUAUCCAACUCAAGCUCGGAGGGAUCACCUCCCGAGGCAUCAUCUUCUUCCUCAGUAACUGAACCAUCAACAGACAGUUCUACUGAAAUAUCCAGAUCAAGCUCAGAGGAACCAUCUUCCGAGGCAUCGUCUUCUUCAUCAGUAACUGAUCCAUCAACAGAGAGUUCUACUGAAAUCUCCAACUCAAGCUCAGAGGAAUCAUCUUCCGAGGCAUCAUCUUCUUCGUCAGUAACUGAACCAUCAACAGAAAGUUCUAGUGAAAUAUCCAGCUCAAGCUCAGAGGAAUCAUCUUCCGAGGCAUCAUCUUCUUCGUCAGUAACUGAACCAUCAACAGAAAGUUCUACUGAAAUAUCCAGCUCAAGCACAGAGGAAUCAGCUUCCGAGGCAUCGUCUUCUUCAUCAGUAACUGAUCCAUCAACCGAAAGUUCUACUGAAAUAUCCAACUCAAGCUCUGAGGGAUCAUCUUCCGAGGCAUCAUCUUCUUCGUCAGUAACUGAACCAUCAACAGAUAGUUCUACUGGAAUAUCCAGCUCAAGCUCGGAGGGAUCAUCUUCCGAGGCAUCAUCUUCUUCGUCAGUAACUGAACCAUCAACAGAAAGUUCUACUGAAAUAUCCAACCCAAGUUCGGAGGGAUCAUCUUCCGAGGCAUCGUCUUCUUCAUCAGUAACUGAACUAUCAACAGAAAGUUCUACUGAAAUAUCCAGCUCAAGCUCAGAGGAAUCACCUCCCGAGACAUCAUCUUCUUCGUCAGUAACUGAACCAUCAACAGAAAGUUCUACUGAAAUAUCCAGCUCAAGCACAGAGGAAUCAGCUUCCGAGGCAUCGUCUUCUUCAUCAGUAACUGAUCCAUCAACAGAAAGUUCUACUGAAAUAUCCAGCUCAAGCUCAGAGGGAUCAUCUUCCGAGGCAUCAUCUUCUUCGUCAGUAACUGAACUAUCAACAGAAAGUUCUACUGAAAUAUCCAGCUCAAGCUCAGAGGAAUCACCUCCCGAGACAUCAUCUUCUUCGUCAGUAACUGAACCAUCAACAGAAAGUUCUACUGAAAUAUCCAGCUCAAGCACAGAGGAAUCAGCUUCCGAGGCAUCGUCUUCUUCAUCAGUAACUGAACCAUCAACAGAAAGUUCUACUGAAAUAUCCAGUUCAAGCUCAGAGGAAUCACCUCCCGAGGCAUCAUCUUCUUCGUCAGUAACUGAACCAUUAACAGAUAGUUCUACUGGAAUAUCCAGCUCAAGCUCAGAGGAAUCACCUCCCGUGGCAUCAUCUUCUUCGUCAGUAACUGAACCAUCAACAGAAAGUUCUACUGAAAUAUCCAACUCAAGCUCUGAGGGAUCAUCUUCCGAGGCAUCAUCUUCUUCGUCAGUAACUGAACCAUCAACAGAUAGUUCUACUGGAAUAUCCAGCUCAAGCUCAGAGGAAUCACCUCCCGUGGCAUCAUCUUCUUCGUCAGUAACUGAACCAUCAACAGAAAGUUCUACUGAAAUAUCCAGCUCAAGUUCAGCGGAAUCACCUUCCGAGGCAUCAUCUUGUUCAUCAGUAACUGAACCAUCAACAGAAAGUUCUACUGAAAUAUCCAGCUCAAGCUCAGAAGAAUCGUCUUCUGAAAGUUCUAAUGAAUUUAAUACUGUAGAUAGAGUUGAAAAUACAAACUUUGGCAACGUAUUGGACUCUUCUCUUAAACUUGAACUAUCUCCAGAAAACCCGAGUGCAGCAGUGAAUGAGAAUAUCGAAGACAUUAAGAAGUCUGCUACGCUUAAUGCAAAUUCAAGCACCAAAUUUACAACAAAAUCUUCAAGUGCUUUGAGCGAUCAGAUCAACACAAAACCUCAAAUCCUUCCAAUACCAAAGUCACAGCAAGCCAAUUCGAUUAUAGCUGAUAAUUUGAAAUUUAAAGCACCUGGAAUAACCUCAACAAAAAUUAUCAUGUCUAAGGACAAAACAAUAUCUUCACAAGCGGCAUUGAGCAAUAAGAAGGACAUGGACAUCGGAGAACCUUAUGCUGUACCCUCAGAUGGUGGAGUGAGUUCCAAAUGCAAGUUAUUACCAAAUGGCGUUUUCCUGAGGGAUUCCAAGCUGUGUGGCAAGUUCUACGUAUGCGCAAGUGGACGUGCCAUACCACAUUACUGUCCAGGAAAUCUAUACUUCGACAUCAAAAAGUUAGUUUGCAAUUUCCCCAGCUUGGUCGACUGCACAAAUCAUGAUAAGGCACAUAGUUCUGUCCCGAAAAAAACUUCGUCUCCGUUGCCCGAAAAAGAAAUGAACACUGUAGAUAGAGUUGAAAAAUCAAACUUUGGCAGCGUAUUGGAAUCUUCUCUCAAAUUAAAACUAUCUCCAGAAAGGCCAAGUGCAGCACUGACUGAGAAAAUCGAAGGCAUUAAGAAGUCUGCCACGCCUAAUGCAAAUUCAAGCCCCAAAGUAUCAACAAAAUUUUCAAGUGCUUUGAGCGAUCAGAUCAACACUAUUCCUCAAAUCCUUUCAAUACCAAAGUCACAGCAAGCUAAUUUGAUUAUAGCUGAUAAUAUGAAAUCUAAAGCACCAGGAAUAAGCUCCACAAAAAUUGUGAUAUCUAAGGACAAAGCAACAUCUGCACAAGCGACAUUGAGCAAUGAGAAAGACAUGGACAUCGGAGAACCCUUUGUUGUGCCCUCAGAUGGUGAUGAGAGUUCCAAAUGCAAGUUAUUACCAAAUGGCGUUUUCCUGAGGGAUUCCAAGUUGUGUGGCAAGUUCUAUGUAUGCGAAAAUGGAAGUGCCACACCACAUGACUGUCCAGGAGAUCUGUACUUCGACAUCAAAAAGUUGAUUUGCAAUAUCCCCAGCUUGGUCGACUGCACAAACGAUAAUAAGGCACAUGGCUCUGUCCCGAAAAACAGCUCGUCUCCGUUGCCUGAAAAACAAAUUAACACCGUUGAUAGAGUUGAAAAAUCAAACUUUGGCAGCGUAUUGGAAACUUCUCUUAAACUUAAACCAUCUCCAGAAAGCGCGAGUGCAGCUGCAAAACAAGAAAACAAAGAAAUAAAAAAGUCUACAUUCGCCACGUCUCAUGCAAAUUCAAACCCCAAAGUUACAACAAAAUCUCCGAGUGCUUCAAGCGAUCAGCCUCAAAUCCUUUCAGUACCAAAGUCACAGCAAGCCAAUCCGAUUAUAGUUGAUAAUUUGAAAUCUAAAGCACCAGGAAUAACCUCAACAAAAAUGGUCAUAUCUAAGGACAAGCCAACAUCUGCACAAGCGACAUUGAGCAAUGAGAAAGACAUGGACAUCGGAGAACCCUAUGUUGUGCCCUCAGAUGGUGAUGAGAGUUCCAAAUGCAAGUUAUUACCAAAUGGCGUUUUCCUGAGGGAUUCCAAGUUGUGUGGCAAGUUCUAUGUAUGCGAAAAUGGAAGUGCCACACCACAUGACUGUCCAGGAGAUCUGUACUUCGACAUCAAAAAGUUGAUUUGCAAUAUCCCCAGCUUGGUCGACUGCACAAACAAUAAUAAGGCACAUAGCUCUGUCCCGAAAAACAGCUCGUCUCUGUUGCCUGAAAAACAAAUUAACACCGUUGAUAGAGUUGAAAAAUCAAACUUUGGCAGCGUAUUGGAAUCUGCUCUUAAACUUAAACCAUCUCCAGAAAGCGCGAGUGCAGCUGCAAAACAAGAAAACAAAGAAAUAAAAAAGUCUACAUCCGCCACGUCUAAUGCAAAUUCAAACCCCAAAGUUACAACAAAAUCUCCGAGUGCUUUGAGCGAUCAGCCUCAAAUCCUUUCACAGCAAGCAAAUUCGAUUAUAGUUGAUAAUUCGAAAUCUAAAGCACUAGGAAUAACCUCAACAAAAAUGGUCAUAUCUAAGGACAAGCCAACAUCUGCACAAGCGACAUUGAGCAAUGAGAAAGACAUGGGCAUCGGAAAACCCUAUGCUGUGCCCUCAGAUGGUGAAGUGAGUUCCAAAUGCAAGUUAUUACCAAAUGGCGUUUUCCUGAGGGAUUCCAAGUUGUGUGGCAAGUUCUACGUAUGCGCAAGUGGACGUGCCAUACCACAUUACUGUCCAGUAGAUCUAUACUUCGACAUCAAAAAGCAGGUUUGCAAUUUCCCCAGCCUGGUCAACUGCUCUGAUGCAAGAAAUGCUUCGUCUCCGUCAAGUGUAAGCACGGACUCCGUUUCUACAUCGGAAAGAUCUUUAAUUCCAGAUUGUAGAUCCAUGCCAAAUGGCUCUUAUCUCAAGCACCCCAAGUCAUGUAACAUGUUUUAUGUCUGCGCCAAUGGUCGGGCAAUGCUAAGGCAAUGUCCAAAAGGUCUUUACAUUGACACUAAGAUAAAGAAUUGCAAUUUUCCCAGUCUAGUGAAGUGUUCGAUUGUUGAAAGUCCAAUAUUAGAAAACAGUUUGAACGUCAAAAAGGUAGCGCUGCGACAGCGCAAGCUGUGUAAUAAGUAUUACGUCUGCAUGAACGGCAGUCCAACUGCCCAUUUCUGUACACCUGGCAAAUGGUUUGACCUUAAUCGCCAGGUCUGUGAGCCGAAGCAUUUGGUCGACUGUCGUAAUUAAGUGUGAAGAGUUAAGUUUCUAUAAUAUUAUUACAUAUUUAUAUAUAUUAUAUUUAUGGUUCAUGGGUAGACUAAGAAAUAUGAAUUAGUGGCGUAUAAAUGUAUUAUAGAAUUAGUUAUGGUGUUUGGUAUAUUUAAGCAACUUUAUUUAUAUAUAUAAAUAUCAACGUUAUUGUAUUCCGACAAAUUAUUAUAAUCAACUGAACGUACUCUACAGGGAAUAAAUGAUGUUAUUAAAUUGUCAGUCAUAAA